UUAGUUAAAGAAGAGAAGGAUGGUGGGAAGUGGAGCUCCGCAGAGAGGAAGUGCAGCUGCAGCUGCUAGCAUGCGUAGGAGGAAGCCUAGCGGAAGUGGAAGUGGAGGAGGAGCCUCUGGUGGUGGUGGUGCGGCAGGAUCCAUGCUUCAGUUCUACACGGAUGACGCACCGGGUCUCAAGAUCUCCCCCAAUGUUGUCCUUGUUAUGAGCAUUGGUUUCAUUGCUUUUGUCGCUGUCCUUCAUGUCAUGGGCAAGCUCUACUUUGUCAAGUGAUGAGACUAGAGAGAGCUGAUAGAGAGCUUGAAACUUCACAUAAUAGGUGCAAGACAAGAAAAGUUGCUGCUAGUGAUCAGUAUUAGACAGUGGUUCCAACUCGUCUGUUUAUUUUUGUGACUAUCUUUAUAAAAAUUUCAGUUUUGAUU